AUGACGACUGAGGUCAACAUCUCCACCGAAACGGUGCUGACUUCGUUGGCUGUGAAUUCGGCCGUGUUUGGAGGUUUCGUUGUAGCAUUUAUUUUGCUCAGAGCAAAGUUCCAUCGAAUCUAUCAACCCAAGAGUUUCACAAAGCUUUUGCCCCCAGAAGACAGACCCAAACCAGUUUCUGUGUUUGCUCCAAGAAUGAUCUGGGAUUUAAUACGGAAAGAUAAGAAAUUCCUGAUCAAGUUCUGUGGUAUUGACGGGUACCUAUUUCUACGUUACAUGGGAAUAUUGACUUUGACUUUCUUUUUUGGUAGUCUCAUUUUGAUUGUUCUCCUACCAGUCAAUGCAGUUAAUGGGGUUGGGCAUGACGGUUUCGAUCAAUUGGCUAUUCAAAACGUUGAUGACAGGAAUAGAUAUUUUGCACAUGCGUUCAUCUCUUGGGUAUUUUACGGAUCUAUAUUGUAUGUGAUUUACCGGGAGCUGUACUUUUACAACAACAUGAGAGUAGUCAUCAUGUCUUCUCCUUUAUAUGGAACUAAACAGAGCUCUAAAAGUGUGAUCUUUCAGACUGCGACACCCCAAUUCUUGUUUAAGUCAGAGCUUAGGAAACUUUUUGAUGGAGUCAAAAACGUUUGGGUUUUGCAAGCUCCCAAAGAUCUUGCUCCUUUGGUGAAUAAAAGAGAUCAAGUUUCAAUGAAGUUGGAGAAUGCAAUCUGCAAGAUAUUGACUCAAUCUACUAAAAGGUAUCUGAAAUCUCCUGACACAUUUGUAGAGGGCACAAGUUGGAGCGAUUAUGUCAAGAAGAGACCCACUACUCGUUCGUUUCCAAUAUUUGGAAAGAAGUACGACCUUAUAGAUCAUUGCAAGACCACAUUGAUCGAGCUAAACGAGAAAAUUUUGGACAGACAGGCUAACUAUGAAGAAUCUUCUCCUGUUAAUUCGGUCGUGGUAGAAUUUAUCAGUCAAUACCAUGCACAAUUAGCUCACCAGUCAGUAGCCCAUCAUAUGCCUCUUCACUUCACUCCCUCCCAUAUUGGAGUUGAACCUGCGGAUAUCAACUGGUUCAAUAUGAGACUUUCAUGGUGGGAGAGACUGGUGCGAUCAUGGGCGGCAGUGGCUAGUAUUAUUGCAUUAGUGAUUUUUUGGUCGAUACCAGUGUCCUUUGUUGGUAUGAUUUCGAAUAUAACGUAUCUGACAAAUGAACUGCCAUGGCUGAGGUGGAUUUUGGACCUUCCAGACCAGUUGCUUGGUAUCGUCACGUCUUUAUUACCUACCAUUAUGUUGGCGCUUUUGAUGAUGAUUUUGCCAAUCUUUAUUCGUAAUAUGGCAAAACUUUACGGAUCAGUCACAUCUCAAAGCGUGGAAUUGUUUACCCAGCAAACGUUUUUUGCUUUCCAGGUAGUGCAGGUAUUCUUGGUGGUUUCUCUUUCUUCUGCUGCAGCGUCUGCAGUGACACAGAUAAUUGAAGAUCCUACUAGUAUUAUGGAUACUCUAGCUACGAAUUUACCAAAAGCGUCCAAUUUUUACAUUGCCUACAUCAUUCUUCAAGGUUUGUCAGGUAGUAGUAGUUCUUUGUUCCAAGUCGCAAACUUGAUCCUCUAUUAUGUGUUUGGGUUUGCAUUUGACAACACUCCGAGAAAGAAGCACGAUAGAUACGCUGGUCUCGGAUCUAUGGAAUGGGGUACAACAUUUCCAGUGUACACCAACCUGGCAGUUAUUGUGCUUUCAUAUUCUAUCAUUUCCCCUUUGAUUCUGAUUUUUGGAACAGUUGCAUUUGCAUUACUUUGGUUCACCUACAUGUAUAACCUGAGCUAUGUUUUCGUGUCUGGCCCCGACUCUCAAGGCUUACAUUACCCCAGAGCAUUGUUCCAAACGUUGGUUGGAGUUUACCUAGGAGAGAUUUGUCUUUUGGGUAUAUUCGCAGUUGGCAGAGGAUGGGGACCUAUUGUUUUGGAAAUAAUCCUUCUCGCUGUCACUGUGUUUGUUCAUCUCAAUAUGAAUAGCUCGUUUGACCGGCUGUUAUCUGUUGUCCCUGCAGAUGCCAUGAAACCUCUUGAUGGUGUUUCUGAGACACCAUCAUGGGUACCAAGCGGCGAUGUGGAGAAUUCUCAUAAUUUCAAUGAGUCUCCAUUCCUGUCAGAAGAGGAGUUACCGAAGAAACACAAGCACAAGAAACGAAAACAGAGGUCCUUGGCCAAUGUUCCCUUGUUGGUAGAUGGUGAGGAUAUGGGAAGUAGCAUCACCACCUUGGGACCGCUUGACCGUUUUUUCCGUCCUUGGAUAUACUAUUCGUACGAGACGCUUCGUACGUAUCUUCCCGAGUCGUAUCAAGAGCCCACAGUUACGGAUGAGAAACAGACCAAACAUGCCUAUGAUUACCCGUCUGUAACUCAGCAACAAAAAGUGCUUUGGAUUCCAAAGGACCCACUUGGGUUUUCAUCACAACUAAUCCAGGAAUUCAAGGGAGUGAUUGAGAUUUCUCACGAGAGGGCAUCCAUCAACAAUAAGGGCAAAGUUGAAUGGGAGGGAGAUGCGCCCACAAGUGGUUCAAACGUAGAACUUGACAAAUCUGACAAGCAGUUGGUGGAUAGUUAG